AUGGCGGACCCAAUGGAAGAAGAUCUUCUAGUCGUGAGCCUAGAAGAACAGGCGGCAGAAAUACAAUUGCUCCGCGAUGCUUCCGACUCUUUUCAGGUUGGCUUUGAAAGUCUCCCUCCACAAGUCCAGAUAUCGCAUACCCGCUUCCAACAAGAUGAGAACUUCGACAGAUUCUACGACGAACUGGAUAGAUUCCUCCGGAACCACGACUUGGAUGUGUUUCUUGUUCAGUAUCCCGAUUUCCGCCACACAGCAAACAAGCUGUUUGGCAAGAAAUAUUCCUAUCUUGCCGGCCCACCUUUAAGUGGCCCAUCUCCUCGCGUUCCGGCUGUGCAACGUGCCGGGUUGUUUAGCCCGGAGUCAGAUGAGGAAGCAAACUCGGGAUCAGAACAGGCGGGUACAAAAGAACCGUCACCAAUUGGAAACCUGAGAAUCUUCAGGACCGUAAGUUCUGCCACUUUACAUCUACCGCCUCGACGGACACGAUCACGAGAUUCAGCACGCAUUCCGACUCUUAGGCUCACGGGAAGCGCCAGCUCUGAGGGCGCGCCGGUCUCUCCUCCUCCCGGGUCCAGUGAAGACAUCAUAAUGCAAGGAAUGGAUGCCCAGGGGGACUCUGACAUCACCAGGUCCUCUGGAUCACAACACUCGGAAGACAUGCCCGAUUAUGAGAUCUUAGGAGAUCUGUCCGAUAUGGAACUUGACAGCUCUCCAGAGUCAGAUUCCCAGGGGUCAGGCAGUUCAGACUUGCUCCGAAACUGGUUGCAGCCAAAGGGCAUCGACACGUCUGGAGAUGUGAAUCUGCAUGACUACAAGGGCUGGAAGAUCGAGGCUCCCAAGAUCAUGCUCACCCGCGCCAAGCACUUCCUCGCCGACGAAGAUGUGGACCGCACCGUUGACUGGCCGCAGAAAUUCGCCGAGCUGGACGAAUACUUCUCCUACCUGGACCAAAACUUCCAGGGUGAGGACUGGGGCGAUGACCUCAAGGAGGCUAUGAACAUGCUCCGCACUCACUGGAUUUUUGAGCAGUACCACUACGGUCGCCCGGAGCUCACUCUCGAUUUCCCAAAUGUGUGGCCCGACCAGAGCAAGCGGUUGCCGCAGAUCCCUGGCCCGAACUUCACUAUGGAGGCUGAGGACCUUAGUGAUGCUCCCAUGGGAGAGCGGAAGCUGAUCCUCACCAAGAUCAAAAGCGCACACGACUUCCAGUACCAACUUCCUCGCGAUAUCUUACAGAUCUACAUCGACGCUUAUGUGUCUGACGCCCGGAAGUUCUGGAGCCCUCAAUCUAGAAACCCGCCUGCUGCGGGAAGCGAGGGCGCCGAGGAACGACCAGAACCCCCACCACUCAACAUGGUCAAGUGUGAUAAUGAGUACUACGACCGAUGUAUUCAAGGCGGCAUGAAGACAACGUCUAAGCUCAUGAAGAAAGAGUGCAAGUUCAAGUUCUCCAGGGACGACAUCAUCCAAUCACCGACCGGUCCUAGCCAGCUCAGCGUUCAAUCCCUUGAGUCGUUCGCCAAGUUUCGCGGUGCUCGGCGAGCAGCUCUUGAGCAAUGUCUGAACAUAUUCAACAACGCCGAGAACCGCCUGGUCAGCAGCUCUUGGGACACCCUCAUGCUCCCGCCGCCCAAGGUGCCAGAGAAAGCGCCAGGCAUCCUCUUCACCGGACUUGAAGUCACAGACAUUCCCAAGGAUGAGGCCCGAGACCCCCUCAGCUAUACCCUAGCGCGCAAUUGGUAUGUCAAGGAAGACAACAAGUGGGCUCAGUGGGUGCGACCACACUCGAUCAAAGAAGUCUAUGGGGAAAGGCUGUGGAGGCACCGCGAUGAUCCCAUCGUGAUCCUUCCAGUGAACUACAAGGGCCCAUAUGUGGAACACUUCAUGGAUAUAGAGAUGAAGAGGGUCUUUGAUCUUCUGCGGGCGUGUGAAAUUCUGCAUCAAGGGCUGCAGAGAGCUCAGCGGCGGGCGCCGCGAGAUUUCCUCGCAGACAUCCUCAAACUGGUCGAAAGUGGCAUCAACAACGAGGAUGCAGCAAAGUUGAACUUGAAUUUCCGAGACAACGAGUAUCGACGAGAAAAUGAAAUUGACAAAGGCCCGCCCAAAAAGAAAGAGCCUAUCCCAGAAUGGCCUGAACCUGAUGAGCCGGCGGACGACUCAUCCGAAGUUAUUGAAGAAACUGACUUCUCAUACCCAUCCGAUAGUUCUGAAGAGAUGUCUGAACACAAUUCCGAGUCGGAUGAAGAAUUGCCCAGGCCCAAGGAGUCUGGCGGCAACUUGAUGCAUCUCCGCCCAAAGGAGGAAGAGUGGUUGCAUUUUCUCGGGGGACCGUCCAUCAACAAGAAACUCAUCCACGAAGAACAAGCUUCUGGUCGCCUUGAGCUACUGUUCGAGGCUCGUGUAGAUGAGAUGUUCGAUGACAUUGACCCCACAGCGCUUUUCCGCGACACGAAGCUCGUCACACUGGAUGAGUUUCUCGCUGAGUUAAACCGAGGGGCUCAGGGGCCGGUACGACGGCACCAGUUCUCGGCCCAGGACGCGAUCAAGCAUGCAAAGCGGCUAUCCAAAAAGGGGAAAUUACAUUUCGGUCAUGAUAAGAGCAAUGAGGCUGUGGUUUCGCGUCCUGAAGCAACCUUCCAUCCCGAGGACAGGGUUCGAUGGCUCCCCUCAGACAAGAAUCAUGAAGAAAGGAGCCCGGAAAUGGAUGAAAUCCCAUAUGAACGCCCAAAAAAGCGUCCGCGUGGCAGUGACAGCGACGCAGCUUCCCAACCUUCCACUGAUUUCACCAUAUCUACAAAAGUCUCCAUUGACAAGCCUGUGGACUAUGGAGAAUACACUGUCGGGAUGCCUAGGCUCAGGAACAUCUACACAUGGGAACAAUGCUUGGCUAAGAAAUCCAAACACGUGGAUACCCUGGCAAAGACUCAAAACUUCUUGCGAUGCCUGGCUUACCGCCUCGGAGCUACCUUGCGCCAGAUGCGGAAGAAGCACAGAGCGAAUCGACGCCACCUCACCAAAAGCAAGAAGCUGGAAAACAGAGACUUCGUCAAGUCUGUCACCGGGUACUGGCUCUGGGAUGCGGCGCAUUUGCCAAACGACCCGCACCAUAACGUGAACAGCAAUAACGUGAACUACGUCAAUCAAGCCAUCACGCCCAAGUUCGAAGACGUGAUGAAAAUGGCCGAUCCCGAGGCAGACCGCACGAGCCCGUGGGAAUCGAUACGCACGAACAUCAUUCGUGAAGCGUACGAGAACAAAGACAUGCUCCAUCCAACACGUGUGGUGUCCUCCAAGGGCGCGGAUGGGAAAACUCGCGACGUGACUACCCGGCCAGCCGUAUGGACGUUUGCGCAUCCAGAUCACAGACCCAAGGCGCGGCAGUUCUGGGAUAUCAACCGUUGGCCUCUGCACUUACAGAGCAACGAAACACAAGAGGCCAUUUGGUCUUCUGGUCCACGACCUCCCUCAGUGGGGAGAAGAACUCCCUCUGGAUCGUCGAGUCCUCCUGACUCGCCUCCAUCUCGCCCAGGGAAGGUUGUGCAGUCUUCCGGACCACAGCCUCCCUCGACGGUCUCAGGAGCUCAGCGCUCACCACGCCAGGAGAUUCGCCCUGGAGUGUGGUCGUCUCAUUAUCCUAAAUCCAAAACUGCUCCUGAGAGGCAUACGGCUCAGUCCCGCACCCUCCUGGGCGAGCUUCCCAGGGAGAUAACCACCCGACACCCGAACCCAGAGAAGUCCACUCAGCCUUCCGGUCUACAGCCUCCCUCAGUAGGGUCAAUGGCUCAGGUGCAGAGAACUCAGCGCUCACCACGCCCGGAGAUCCGCCCUGGAGCGUCGCCUCGGCGGUCCAAUGUCAAGGCUCCUCCCGAGAUACCUACAGUUCAAACCCGCACCCUCCCGGCCGAGUUUUCCAGGGAGAUUGACAUCCCAUACUCGGACCCAGACGUCGGGCGCCGGGGCUUCAGGGUUGGAGUUCCGCAGUUCUGGGCCGGGGACACGCCCUUGCAAAGAAAGGUGAUGGAGGACACCGCCAGGGAAGCCCUUGAACCGCCAGAAACUCGACAAUCACUCUUCUCAAUACUCCGCCGCCGUCUGGAGCCGGACGACCCCACCGCCUUGCCGGAGGUCGAUCCAAGGAUCAUCCCGAAGAGCAAGCCACGAGACCCAGCUCCGGAGUCCGAAUCUCCAGGAGAAUCUUCAGGGGAAAGUUCCCAUGACGUUGGAGAGGGACCCCUAGAUGGCGCUGAAGAGGAAUCUCGAGGAUUUGAUGAGCCUCAGAGGAUGAGUCACGAUGAGGAGGAGGAGGACUUGUACGAUGUCACUCCUCCGGUAUCACGCCCUCCUUCGGCCGCACCUACGUCUGCGCCUGCUGUGAAUCCUCCCUUCUGGCAACAAGUUGGACAACCUAUGCUCUCGCAGUCGCUGAAUCUACGGAUUGUCAACUCGGAUUCAGGGCAGUCUUCGGGACAAUCUGCUGAUGGUGACAUUGAUCUCUGA